ACCGUUGCCGGUUUAUAUUACGCCUCCACGCGGAAGUCCCGCCCCUUUUCCCCCCUCGCUCGCGGGACGUGGUCGAGUCGCACCUCAAACAAAAUGCCACGCAAAAUUGAAGAAAUCAAAGAUUUCCUGCUUACAGCAAGGAGGAAGGAUGCCAAGUCUGUCAAAAUCAAGAAGAACAAGGACAAUGUGAAGUUCAAGGUCCGCUGCAGCAGAUAUCUGUACACAUUGGUCAUCACAGACAAAGAGAAGGCUGAGAAGCUCAAGCAGUCCCUGCCACCAGGUCUGGCUGUGAAGGAGCUGAAGUAGAUGUCUCUCUUGUACAAAAUGUUGUAAUAAAACUGGGAAAAUUAA